CGAACUUUCAAAUGCGAUGAUUAGACAUCGUGAGUAAUCACAUGAUUAAGGAUAAUUUUAUGUACCAUGAAGCAGCCAACUGUAAGAUGAAACACAUAAAUCCGCAUUGUCAUGACAUAUCAGUCAGUAUACUCUGUCUUAGCGAUUUAUACAGAAACGGAAUGUGAUGCAUAUUACUGUUUGUUGGAUAUUGGGAUUGACUAAUAAUGCGCACUGGUAAGGUUGGCGCUAGACGAUUUGCUCUUCCUAGGAUGAACUGUCCUCGGUUUGAUUCUGAGUGUAUCAGCUGGCUUUGUUGGCCUGCCAAAACUGUUACUGUUAUUGUCUCCUUGAAUUUCGAGUGGAACAUGUGGGUUCAACAGCACACUUUCACUUCGUACUAUCUCCUGCGGUCGUCUUCAGCUAGUCCUACGGUUGCCCACACUACCUUAUCUCAUCUAUGUCACCCUCGAACGCCCCACUCUUCUUUUCUUAUUCGUCGGGUUCGACUCGAGCUAUGGUCUGGCACAUGAUAUCAUUCAUCAGUCUCCUCUGAUCAAUUUCCACUUUCUUUUAAAUAAUUUCUGAGCAGUAAGUUCUUGGAGGGUUUGUUCCUUGGGUUUCUUUUUGAUAAUUCUUUCUGGCCAGAUGGCUAUGGAGCCAGUGAAGACAGCUGUUUAUGAAAGUCUGAAGUAACCUGUUUGAAAUACUUUUUAUAAUGAAUCCUCCAAGUUUCUAACCCAUAUGGAAG